GGAUACCAGCGAGACCAUCUCGGCUUCUGCUGUCGGAUGGUGAUGUCGCCUUGGCAGCUGCAGCGAACAAGGGGACUGCCGAAUUGGGAAUCGUGGCAUUUGGUGCGAGCGAAUUGGCACACGAGGCUCGGGUGUUCGGGGAAUGGGAGCACGCGUGGAGGUAAGCUUUGAUUGCGGUGCUUAUCUUCUCGAACAGAUAAUCGUGUCGGUGUUACGGCUGGGAACUGGGCAUAACUGCGAUGCAGCACCAUCUGCUGAGCACCCACUGCUCGGUCUGCUGCGGCUGGAUGCAAGAUCGUUACACAGCAUCUCUGUGCUGCGUCAGAAUUUUCUCCGCGACGGGUAGAAAUCAUGAUCUUUGAUUCAUCCCAAGUUCUGCGGCCGUUCCCGAAGAAUCUUAUGCUCCCAGAGCGUAGGCUCUCACUCGGGGAUUCUCUGCACCAGUCAUGCUAUCUAUUUCCAUGCUGCGACCCUGAGACAAGUGGAAACUUGUGCGCUCAUCUCAUUUCGCGUUGCGAUCCGACAUGAGCAAUAUCAGCCGACCGGUGUUAUUAAUGGGAAUACUCACCGCUCCCGACAUCUGGGCGUCAGCUAUCACACCGAUGUGAGUAUUCUCCGAGGCAAUCGAUUAUAUGAUGCAUCGUAGAUAAUCUGCUGCACAAGACCUGCUGCGGUCAUCAUCAGUGCUGUUGAGCUCAUUCUGGAAUUUCAUGCACCUCGAGGAUCGCGGGCCUCAUCCGAUGUGCUGCAGUCGAGUGGAUCCAAUCCAAACUGGCAGAUUUAUACAUGCCGCUGGCGGCUGUCCUGGUUCCGCGUCUUCCGAGUUCUACAAGUCGCAUUCUUUUUUCCCUGGGUGGAGUCUAAGACCAGAAACGUCCGAUCCGUCAUAUUCAUAGCUCCCCCAUCAUUAGCUCGACUUAAUAUAAGGAACAGUGCUAUACAUGAGAUCAUGGUUAUGGGAUCUAUGAA